GAAGAAAAGGACAGGAGAAGUGUAAUUUUGUUCUUUUUUCUUGUCUUUAUUACCAGAGUUACAGGUGUCUCUCUGUUGUCCUCUUUUGCCCUUUGUUCUUUCAGUAUUUUCUAUUUCAGGAUUUCUUUCGUACUCUCCUCGACUAUUCCCUCUCUGUUUCUGUUAAAACUCUCUCUUUUUCUCGCUCUACUCCCUGUUUUCCGAUGGGGUCUCUGCCACUGAUUCGUGUAAUAACUUGCAAAUUAGCUACCAACAUAUCUCGAGAAGGUUGCAGUUUUAGGCCGAGCAGGCAACUGCGUUUUGGUCAUUUGUUGACAAGGAGUUUUCAAAAUGGGAAGUUGACGGUUGUAAGAUCGGACAAAACUGGAAAUGGAGAUGGGUUCGGCGGUUUAACAGAUGGCUCUAAUUCCAAUGCUGUUAAAGAAGAAGAAGAAGAAGGAAAAGAAGAAGAAAAGGAAAAGCAUGGUCUUAUGCUGGGCAUAGAUAGGGAUGACUCUGGCUCUGUUAUUGGCUUGCACUUGAUUCCUCCUGGUGAUCAUGAAGUUAUUGACUCUUAUGAAGAUGAGGCCACUGAUACCAAAGACCAAGAUGAGGGAAUUGAAGACGAAAUAUUCCAAACAAGAGUAACCUACAAUAUUGUUUUUGUUACUGCUGAAGCUGCACCCUAUUCAAAGACAGGUGGAUUAGGAGAUGUUUGUGGUUCUUUGCCGAUAAUACUAGCUGGCCGUGGACACCGAGUCAUGGUUGUCUCUCCUAGAUACCUGCACGGUACAUCUGCGGAUAAAAAUUUCACAGGUGCUUUUGAUGUAGAUCGGCGCAUUAAGAUACAUUGCUUUGGAGGGGAGCAAGAGAUUGCAUUCUUCCAUGAGUAUAGGGAGGGUGUUGAUUGGGUAUUUGUGGACCAUCCUUCUUACCAUAGACCUGGAAAUCCAUAUGGUGAUAGUCAUGGUGCUUUUGGUGAUAACCAGUUUCGGUUUACUUUACUUUGCCAUACAGCAUGUGAAGCUCCAUUAGUGCUUCCAUUGGGAGGGUAUACCUAUGGAGAGAAGUGUCUCUUCCUUGUCAAUGAUUGGCAUGCUGGUCUAGUGCCAGUGCUUUUGGCUUCCAAAUACCGUCCAUUUGGAGUUUAUAAGGAUGCUCGGAGCAUCCUAGUAAUUCAUAACCUUGCACAUCAGGGAGUGGAACCUGCAGCAAGCUACAAAAAUUUGGGAUUGCCUUUAGAGUGGUAUGGGGCAUUGGAAUGGGUGUUUCCUACAUGGGCAAGGACACAUGCUCUCGACACAGGGGAAGCUGUGAAUAUUUUAAAGGGUGCAAUUGUGACAGCUGAUCGAAUACUUACAGUUAGCAAGGGCUAUGCAUGGGAAAUAACAACUGUUGAAGGCGGAUAUGGUUUAAAUGAUCUAUUAAGCAGUCGAAGGAGUGUUCUGAAUGGAAUUGUGAAUGGCAUUGAUGUUGCUGAAUGGGAUCCAUCUUCAGAUGAGCAUAUUGCUUUCCAUUAUUCUGUUGAUGAUCUCUCUGGAAAGGUUCAAUGCAAGACUGCUCUUCAACAGGAAUUAGGUCUUCCAAUUAGGCCAGAAUGUCCAUUGAUUGGAUUUAUAGGGAGAUUGGACUACCAGAAAGGCAUUGACCUGAUCCGUUGGGCAACUCCAGAGCUUAUGGAAGAUAAUGUACAAUUGGUAAUGCUUGGCUCUGGGGACCCACUGUAUGAAGACUGGAUGAAGGCAUCAGAGACAACCUACAGAGAUAAAUUUCGGGGUUGGGUUGGAUUUAAUGUUCCAAUUUCGCAUAGGAUCACUGCAGGCUGUGACAUACUUUUGAUGCCCUCAAGAUUUGAGCCCUGUGGAUUAAAUCAAUUGUAUGCAAUGAGAUAUGGUACUGUACCAGUAGUUCAUGCUACAGGAGGACUUAGAGACACAGUAGAGAAUUUCAAUCCAUAUGCUGGAGGAGGUAGUGGUGAAGGCACAGGGUGGACUUUUUCUCCCCUUACAAAAGAGAGUAUGCUGGAGGCGUUAAGAACGGCUAUAAUGACCUACAGAGAAUACAAGUCAACUUGGGAGGGAUUGAUGAGAAGAGGUAUGCAGAAAGACUUCACCUGGGAAAGUGCUGCGAUUCAAUAUGAGCAGGUUUUCGAAUGGGCCUCUAUCGAUCGACCUUAUAUUACAUGAGCUGAAAAGAGAAGACAGAGUCACAAGAAUGGGAAAAGAAAAGAAAAACCCUCAAAAGUCCAAAGACAUUCUAAUAUUGUCAAGCUCUGCCAGUGCAUGUUCAAGCAUAAUCAGAGUGAAAAUUACAUGGUCCAGCUUCCAUUGCUGUUGCAUUGGUCAUUCUUUUUGCUGAGAGUAUAAUUCAGUUUGCAAAUGCACUUUUUUUAUUCGACAAAGUUGCCGUUGUAAUCAUCUAAACAGAAUGAUAAAGACGCUAGUGCCUUUUGAAAUGUUACCCAUAUUUGGCAAGUUAGGAUUGACAAUUAAUUACAUGCAGCUAUGGGGGCUUACUCGGGAUAUGUUUUUCUUGUGUUUUGUUGCAAGCUGAGGGAAACCAACAUUAGCUUGGUAUC